AUGGGAGACGAAGAACACGAGGGCGCCUCGCCAAAGGAGCUCCUCAUCGAGGCCUGCCGCCGCAACAACACCGACCUCCUGACCGAAGUCCUCGACGGCCUGCCCGACGACCAAAUCACCACGCUCCUCAACCGCACCACGACCGUCAUGGGCAACCAUCUCUACCACGAGGCCGCCUCUCGCGGCAACUGGAAAGACGAAAUCAUCGACCUCCUCCUCGACCAGCCCAACUUUGAGUGCGACCCCGUCAACCGCCUCGAGGGGGACACGCCCCUGCACACCGCCAUCCGCUGGCUCAACUCGGAACCUCCCGCGCAGCGCGACUUUGGCGCCGCCCUCGUCGGCAUGAUGCUCGAGGCCGGCUCCAACCCGCGCCUGCGCAACAAGGGCGGCCUCACGGCGCACCAGCUCGUCGACCCCACCAACACGGCCCUGCGGAGCCUCAUUGACAAGCACCUGUACGCGUCGCAGAAUGCCGGCGACUUUGUGGAGGUGGUGGGCGGCGGCGGCGCACCACCGCCGGCGGGUGUGCCGCCUCCGCCUCCACCACCAGGUCAAGCGCCGCCCCUGCCGGGACAGGCACCUCCGAGGUUGCCGGUGCAGGAUAUGGAUGAGGAUGCCGAGUUCAGCGGCAGUGAUGACGAGGAGCGCGCAGAGUGGGAGAGGAGAAAACGGGAGAGGGCACAGAGGUAG